AAGAAGAAGAUUGGUCCGUUGGUUGCGUCCCAGCAAAACAAGACCUAUUGAAGAAGGCUAGAACACGCGUCAUACCUAAGGGGAUAUUGCGCAUGCGCAGUAAAAUAUGGUCUGCCCUCGCCGAAGUUGAGCAAAGCGCAGCGCACGACCGCAACUUCAGUUACACUGCGCAUGCGUAAUACUCCCUAAGAUACGACGCGUGUCCUAGCCUCGUUUCCAUAACAAAACAGGAAGUUUUCACAGUUGACAUGCUAGCUGACUAGCCUCCGGGCUCCGUCUGCAUUUCUAACGUUUCGACAAGUAUUUGACUCGUGUGGACUUACCGUCGGUGCCACUGACGACACAAGAUAAGCUCAGCAGCUGUUCUAACAAUCGGCACCGUAACAUGAAGUUAUGGAGGAGCGGAAGCUGAAGAGAAAGAGCCCCAGGAGCUCCUCCAACGCGGCGGAUCCGGCUGUUGGCUCUGGCCGGAAGACCAGCGCUUCCUCCGGGGGACGGCACGGCGGCUCCGGCCAAGCUCACUCCAGCCAGAAGAGCAAGAACAGGAGGGGAGUUCGAGACAAAUCCAGGCAUCAUCUGGGUGGUAGACCUAAUCCGAACCAGGGCCCGUCAGCACCUACCAUCCAGCACUCCUUUCUGACUGAUGUUUCAGAUGUACAGGAGAUGGAGAACGGCCUGCUCAGUCUCCUCAAUGACUUCCACUCAGGGAAACUACAAGCAUUUGGCAAUGAGUGUUCCAUUGACCAGAUGGAGCAUGUGAGAGAGAUGCAGGAGAAGCUGGCCCGUUUGCACUUUGACCUCUACAGCGAGGUGGACGAAAUGCCCGAAGACCAGAGGAAAGUGGCCAGCGACACCAACAUGGACAAAUUACUUCUUAAUCUUGAGGAGCUGAGUUCUUCCAUUCAGAAACUGAAUCUAGCCGACUCCCAAGAGAUCCCGAGGACUGCCAGUAUGUGAUUUUCGCUUUCUGACCCAGACCCACGCCACCUAGAGAGGGGCUGCAGUGGAUAAGGUGGAGUUGAAGCAAGCUCCAGGCACUAUUUCUCUUUAGUAUUGUGGCCGAAAUGGCAACAAAGCUGUUCACCAGCGUUCCCUGUCUGCACAACGGGAUGGAUUUCUUGUAAGAUGUCAUAACAGGGAUGCACUAACAGCCUUAUUUUUUCACAGAUAACAGUAAAUACGGUGUUAAAUAUCAAGUAGAAAAUAGUUCUAAUCUUAUCUGACUAAACAGGAAGAGAACAAUAAAUAACUUCCUGAGAUAUGAUUGGAUUUCUUCUGAUAAAUCAGACACAGGGUACUCUCUUUUCUCUUCUAGUCAGAGUUAUAAAGAGGGAGGUUUAAGGUCUAUGGGAUGAUAAAGGGAUAGUUCGGGUGUUUUGAAGUGGGGUUAUAUGAGGUACUUAUCCAUAGACAGUGUAUUACCUACAUUAAACGCUAUAUUUAGAAUAUUUUCACCGUUUUACCUUGCCGUCAGACAGUCCUUUUCGAUGAGGAAUUAAAGCCGUUGUAUCUUUCUAUGCUCUCACCAAAGCCACCAGACUCCAUUGAAAAAAACAGUCAUUUUACCUCGCAGGACACAAGGGUUGCUGGUCAAUUGCACAAACUAAUUAAGCGAUCGAGGCAGCGGUAGACCAGCAACUCCCGUGUUAUGCGAGGUAAAAUUACAGUUUUUUUUAUUGUAGUCUGGUGGCUUUGGCGAGAGCAUAGAUAACGGCUUCAGUUCCCCAUCAGAAACAUAUGCUGUAUAGCUGUCACAGCAAGGUAAACCAGUGAAAAUAUUCUAAAUAUAGCGUUCACUUAAAUUGAUAUUGAUUUGUUUGCCUUUCUUUUAGGUGGCUAAAAUACGUUUUGCUGCUACAAACCCCACUUAAAACUAUCUCUUUAAGCUACUAUUUGACCUACAGUGCAGUAUACUUUACACUGGCAUUGGUGCAUCCCUGUCAUGGUCUGGUUAAAGUCAAGUUGUGGUCAGUUCACUCAUUUCCAAACAGUUCAGAUUUGCAGUCCAUUGCUAACCAAAAUGAUAUUGAUGUAAAUCACUCACCUUGUUGUUGAAAGGACAUCUGCAGUGUUUGUGUAUCAGCUUAGUUAAAAGUGAACUGACCGCAAUCUUGCAUUUCUCAGAUAUGUAUAAACUCACUCUGUUGCACUUUGUCUUAUCUGUCGUCACAGGUCUGUAACAUCACAAACUGAAGACUCAAAGCCAAAUUUAUCAAAAUAUAGUUAUGUUUAUAACUGUUUCUCAGCAUAGAGCUUUAAACACAAGCUUAGAUCGUAUUUUUGAGACAAUAAAAAAACUAAAAAACUGUUUCCUGAUUAAAGUAUCGUUAAAAAUAACAUUUAAAAGCAUGGUAGAUUCUGACGAUAGAAACUGCGCUGUAUUUUAUAACUAAGCAGUGAGCCCAGUUUGUGAUUUUGCAUAUGAUUUCUACAUGUGAGUGGCCUGAUAUCACCUCCGACACCUCCUUCAGUGUUGAAUAUAUUUGCACAUAUCCAUGCAACAUGCGAAACACACUGCACAUUAUCACCAGUGUGUUGGUUCUGACGCUGGAAAAUCCUGAACAAUCCAAACGUUGACAUCACAACCAUGCCUUUUUAAUCAUUUUUGCCUUAUUGGUUCUAACCUUUUGAAAUGACUUAGGUUUUAAGAUAAUAUAUAAUCAUUUGAUGCUGCUUUGAUUGUAAAUCCUACUUUUUAUUUUAACCAGUGUUGUUGGGGGAUGUGGAAUUGUUUUUGGAGUGUUUUAAAUGUUUGGUGAUUUUAUUUUUAUUGACUUAAUAAAUGUAUUAAAUGUGAAU